UAACUUAAGAAAAAUGAAAAUUACUUUGAUUGCUUUAAUUGCAGGCUUAUGCCUGGUGGCUGUUAAUGCCAGUGUGGUAGUACCCGCUCCCAUGGAGGAUAUCGAUUUCGAAUACAUUGCCAAUGAUGUUGCCGAUGAUGUUAUUGAUAUUGAAACCCAAGUCUCUUGGUUCGGUAUUUACUUUGUCAUCCACAAAGCGUUGACCAUGUUGAAGGGUGUCAAUUGUACCAUCAAGGAGGUUUUCGCUAUCCGCGAUGCUGCCCAAAAGUUCCUCAAUGAUGUUCAAGCCUGCGGUGGUGAGGUCUCCAAGAAAUUGCAAAAUUUAAUUGACACCUGCAAGAGCAUUGUGUCCACGGCCAAUGAUAUCAUUCAUGUUGAUGAGAAUAUUUGCGGAAAUACACCCGUCGAUGAUGUUCAAGGUACCGACGAUGAUAGUGAUGUUGCCACCAACCCUAUGGGUAACAAGACUGGUUGGAAUUGUUUCUGGAAAUUGUUGUUCAAGACAAUGAAGCUGAAGAAUGAAGUUAAACAUGCCAUCUAUUUGAUUAAACAUUUGCCCGCCGUUCCCGGUGAAGCUGGUGAUUGUGUCAAUACUGCUGCUCAGGAUUUGGCCAGUGUUUUCAAUCAAUUCCCAAGCAAUGUGAAAACUUGCUCGAAGUUGGUUAGCAAGAAAUAA